UCCAGUAGACAUACAUGUGCGAGACAGAUUUUAUCUCUCCUCCCCUUUCUCUCUCUCAAUUCAUCUCCUCUCCAUCCGCUCUGCGCGAAGUGCAUCGACCGGACCCGCUCUCGCAGGGUCACUUUUGAUCUUCUCUAGCCGGGAAGCAUUAUUAAAGCGCGUGAGACCCUCUUCUCGUCUGAGGAACUCAGCUGUGCCACUUUUCUCAGAGGUCACGCGGGACUGGAGCUGGACUCGAGGCGGUUCUGUCUUGAAAAGUUGCUGGGAUUGUGUGGAGAGACACCCUUCUCUGGUUGGAGCUGGUGGAGAACGGUUUAAAAUUGGUUGUGUUGAUUGGCAGAUUACGAUGAACGCAACAUACAACACAAGCAACUCAUCAUGUGUGAUCAUGACCCAGCCAGCGGGUCACCUGCUGAUGUCCAUCUACAUCAUCGCCUUCAUCUUGGGGUUGUUGUUCAACUUGGUCACCAUCGGGCCCAUAAUUCAGCAGAUCUGCAGAAGGAACGUUCUAGGAAUCUACCUGCUCAGUUUGUCCUUCUCGGAUCUCCUGUAUAUCCUCACCAUGCCUCUGUGGGUUUAUUAUUUCAACAACAACCACAAAUGGAACCUCGGCCAAAGACUCUGUAGCCUGGCUGGAUUCUUUUACUACUCCAACCUGUACAUUAGUAUCUAUCUCCUCUGCUGUAUCUCCAUCGAUCGCUGCCUGGCCAUCACCUUCCCGCUAAGAGUCCAAGUCUUCCGUCGCCAGCGCUAUGCCUGGAUCAUCUGUGGGCUGGUCUACGUUUUUGUAAUGGCCUUGCACUGUUUGGUGCUGUACCUGGACAAGUUAUCAGAUCCACUGGAUGACACCGAGCAAAGGUGCUAUGAGACCUUCCCCAUGACAGAACGUAUCGCAAUGUUCAACCUGAUACGGGUCGGAAUUGGUUUCCUCUUGCCUCUAGUGAUCAUCAGCGUCUGCUACUGGUUGAUCCCAACCAAGGUGCAGCAAAGCAGAGGGGUGGACGAUCAAGGCAAGCGCAAAGUGAAGCUUCUGUCUAUGGGGGUCAUUGGCAUUUUUUCCUUCUGCUUUGCGCCAUACCAUAUCCUCCUGAUGGUUAGGUCCAUUGUCUUCUUUUAUUUGGGAGAAAAACAAAGCUGCAGUUUUGAACAAGCAAUGUAUUUGCCCUUCACUUGCUCUCUCGCGCUAUCCAGCCUGAACAGCGUGGUGGACCCAGUGCUCUAUGUUUUGGCCAGUAAUGGAGUAAGGGAGGACAUGAGGUUGUUUUGUUGGAAAAACAAGCAGAAAAAGGUGACAGGAAGCCCUCUUGUUGAUUCCAAAUGGAAGACAAGAGAAACCAACUUGCGUUAAAACCAACCUCAGACCUUUGAAAACAGACUUGCAGUUGAUAGUGUACUCUUUUCGAACUCAAUGAGGAAUUUCACAAAUCAGUGGAGGGUCCAGCAGGCUUCAGCACUGUAAUCCAGAUACCUGAACUAAGUUAUUUACAAAUAACUGCCACCAUGAAUGCAAAAUGGUAGUUUUGUGAGUGCAUCUACUGUAUAAUAAGCUUAAUUCACAUAGAAAACAACUGUACUGAAAAUACUGACGCUGCAGCACCUUUUUAGUCUAAUUAAACUAGACCAUGGCUGUCUGUGAUGCUGUUUUUGUGCCGAAAAUACUGUGUAUUAUAGCUUAAUUACCUAGUAUGACUGGGCCUGGUCAAGCCCAGUAAAUUUUUCCAAGUCCUGGCAGAGACCAGAAGAAGGUCAAAUCCUAGUCAAGGAUAAGUUCACAUUCUCCUGAGCUCAUGAACAAGACCAUGAAGCCUCAGUCUGAGCCUAUGCCCUAUUUUUAUGGUUUUGCGCUUGUUUCUCAAAUCCAAUUACAAGACCAUAUUUUUAGAAACAUAUGUAUUAUGUAGUAUACAAGAUCAUAUUUUCAAGGUUUUGGUCUUGGUCUUUGAGUCUAUGUUUUUAUAGUGUUGGAAUUUGUCAUGGGCCUCAGGUACGAGUCCAAGACCAUAUUUUGAGAUUUUGGUCUUGUUCUUCAAGUUCAUGUCCGAAAUCAUUUUUUUAUAGCAGUGUUCCCAAACUCAAUUCUUAGAUGGCCACAGCUCUAGACAGUUUAGCUGGAGCUUGUCAUACAGGAAUCGAGUUUUAAACCACUGUUGAUUGAGUUCAAGAUCAUAUAUUCAUGAUUUUUGCCCUGUUUCUUAAAUACAAGUCCAAGACUAUAUUUUCACUGUUUUGGCAUUGAUCUUAGUCCUCUAGAAACAUGUCAAAAACCAUAUUGUUUAUGGUUUUUAGACUUGGUAUUUGAACGCAAGGGCUUGAUCUUGUUGGGCCUUGAGUCUGAUCUUGGUCUUGCCAUGGACUCUGGAGCAUGUGGACAGAUUCGGUCCUCUUCUGAAUCUCAAAUUGACUACAAAAUGGUUAUGCACAGGCUUUUAUACUUCAUUAUGUCCACUUGUGUGACGGAAAGGUCAAUUAUAACUUUGUUAUUUUAUCUGAGCUAUGAUAUAUUUAUCUGUUUUACGAACGCAGAGAGGAUGUUUACAAAUUGCGGAUUUUGCAGCAUAACAGGACCUGUAUCCCUGUCUUUGAAGGACCCUUGAAUCACUUGAACUUUCUAUGUGAGAGCAGUAUUCAGUCCAAGUGUUGUUAUUGUAAGAUAAAGCCUCGCUUGUUUGUCCUUGUUUAAUUCACAGACGACUCCCCGUAACUUACCGUUAAACCACAUAUAGCCGUUUAAUCUGGAUGUUAAAACCAACUUGUUGCAAAGCAAGCAAUUUCAAUGCACAGCAUGUUGCUACUCUCUACAUUUCCUCUCCUGUAACAUUACAGCAAAAGAAACGGUGCAUUAUGAAAUAAAAGAAUUGUUCUGAUUC